CGCCGCGCCGCUGCGACGCCCUACAACAGUCUCCCCACAACAGCUUCUCUUAUUAUUUGAGCUCUGAUUUGUGUACUGUGCGUUUAAAUUGAUCCUUAAUGUGUCUUCUAUGAGCGAUCAUUAUGCCUGAAGCCGUCACGAUGCCCCAGAAACGGGUUCUGGGUGAGGCAACCAACAAUCCGCGGGAAGUUUUGAAAUCGCCCAGUUCCAUUAAAAAGCGUAAAGUCGAUAUUCAACAGCCUGGAAGAGUUAUUCGAGGGAGCCAGAAUGGCCAGCGGAAAGUUGGCUCAAGUCAGCCGCAGAAAAGCCAAUUUGAAGAGGAAGUUCUGGAGAAGCUGACGCAGGACAUCAAUGGAUUGAAGGAUAGCAACUCCGAGAAGGACCAACAAUGGGAGCGGCCACCUUUGGGUGAAUUCGAUCCUACGAAGGAAAGCGUCUGUUUUCAGCAGAUUGACGCAGAGGAAGGCACCUCAAUGGGCAAGCCGGCUAUCCGACUUUUCGGCGUUACAGAGGCCGGUCAGUCAGUUUUACUCCAUGUUACCGGAUUUAAACACUACCUUUAUAUUGCUGCUCCUGUUGGAUUCACAAAGGACGAUUGCGACCCUUAUCGAGCAUUUCUAGAAACGAAACUCGGCCAGUUCACCCCAGUCAUCGAGUCGGUACAAGUCACCAUGAGGGAAAACAUAUAUGGUUUUCAGGGAAACAAGAAGAGUUACUACCUGAAGAUCACAGUCACAGACCCGAGGUAUAUCAGCAAGCUACGCAAUGCGCUGGAGAAUAACGCCCAGUCCCUCAACUAUAAAGGAUUGUGGAGUAAACAGGAGUCAGGAGUUUUGACGUUUGACAACAUCCAAUACUUGUUGCGGUUCAUGAUUGAUACGAACCUCUCGGGUAUGUCGUGGGUUGAAGCGAAAGCUGGAAAAUACCAUCUCUGUGACCCGCAGGAGAAGGUCUCCAACUGCCAAAUAGAGGCGCGCGUUGACUAUCUUGAUCUCAUCGCUCACGCCCCCCAUGGAGAUUGGGCAAAGAUGGCACCGCUGCGCAUUCUGUCUUUCGAUAUUGAGUGUGCUGGACGAAAGGGAAUUUUCCCAGAACCUAAUCAAGAUCCUGUUAUCCAAAUUGCCAAUGUUGUCACGCGAUACGGAGAAUCAAAGCCAUUCAUCCGAAAUGUCUUCGUGAUGAAUACCUGCAGCCUGAUUGUCAACACACAAAUUCUGGAAUUUCAGGAAGAAGAGAAGAUGCUUAUGGCUUGGCGCGACUUCGUCCAAAAGGUUGACCCCGAUGUGAUUAUUGGCUACAACAUUGCCAACUUCGAUUUUCCGUACCUAUUGGAUCGUGCAAAACAUUUGAAAUGCACAGGAUUUCCGUAUUGGACACGAUUAAACGGUAUGAAAUCUGAAGCUAAGGAAACCAGUUUCUCAAGCAAGCAGAUGGGAAACCGUGACACCAAGGCGACCAAUACAAAUGGUAGGAUUCAGUUAGACCUUCUGCAACUGGUUCAGCGUGACCACCAGCUGCGAAGUUACACCCUCAAUUCUGUUUCUUAUGAGUUCCUUGGUGAGCAAAAAGAAGAUGUGCAUCAUACGAUGAUUACUGAACUUUACAACGGGACUCCUGACUCCAGACGGCGUCUUGCAGUUUAUUGCUUGAAAGAUGCCUAUCUGCCGCAAAGACUAAUGGAUAAAUUAAUGUGUCUUGUCAACUACACGGAAAUGGCAAGGGUAACAGGAGUCCCCUUCAAUUUCCUGCUGUCCCGUGGCCAGCAAGUCAAAUUCCUUAGCCAGUUGUACCGAAAAGCACUGGAGCAACAGCUCGUGAUUCCGAAUAGCACCCCAGCAGGUGAACAAGACUAUGAAGGUGCCACCGUUAUUGAACCUGUUCGUGAUUUCUACGACGUACCGAUCGCGACCCUCGAUUUCGCCUCUUUGUAUCCCUCCAUCAUCCAGGCACAUAAUUUAUGCUAUACCACCCUGCUCAACAAGAACAGCAUCGCUGGUAUGAAAAAGGACGAAGACUAUAUUGUAACGCCGAACGGUGAUAUGUUUUGUACCACAAAAGUGCGAAAGGGGCUUCUUUCACAAAUUUUGGAAGAAUUGCUGAGUGCAAGAAAAAGAGCAAAGAAAGAGCUUGCCAUGGAAACUGAUCCAUUCAAAAAGGCUGUCUUGAAUGGUCGACAGCUCGCCUUAAAAAUUAGUGCAAACAGUGUUUAUGGGCUUACCGGUGCGACUGUCGGAAAGCUGCCGUGCUUACCUAUUGCUAGUAGCACUACGAGUUAUGGUCGUCAAAUGAUUGAGAAGACAAAACAAGAAGUCGAGGCGCGAUACACAAUCGCAAAUGGCUAUUCGCACGAUGCAAAGGUUGUUUAUGGCGACACUGAUUCUGUCAUGGUUAAAUUCGGUGUGACAGAGCUGGAAGAUGCCAUGAAACUGGGCCAGGAGGCUGCAGAUUACGUGUCUUCAAAAUUCUUGAAGCCAAUCAAACUUGAAUUCGAAAAGGUCUACUUCCCGUAUCUUCUUAUUAACAAGAAGCGAUAUGCUGGCCUUUACUGGACAAAUACCAAGAAGUUUGACAAGAUGGAUACCAAGGGUAUUGAGACCGUUCGCAGAGACAACUGCUUGCUAGUUCAGAAUGUCAUCGAGACUGUGUUGCAUCGUAUUUUGAUUGAUCGAGAUGUCGAUGCUGCCCAAGACUGUCCUAGAUACGUCAAGAACACCAUCUCCGACCUGCUGCAGAACAAAAUCGAUAUGUCCAAGCUCGUCAUAACAAAGGCCCUUACGAAGGAUGCCUACUCCGCAAAGCAAGCACACGUCGAGCUUGCUGAGCGCAUGCGAAAGCGUGACGCCGGUUCCGCCCCUACGCUUGGUGAUCGUGUCGCCUACGUGAUUAUCAAAGGCACAGGAGCGAAAAACUACGAAAAGUCAGAAGAUCCUAUCUAUGUACUGGAAAAUAAUAUCCCUAUCGACACAAAAUACUACCUUGACAACCAGUUAGCCAAUCCCUUAGGGCGUAUCUUCGAGCCCAUUCUAGGAGAAAAAAAGGCCAAUCAGCUACUCCAUGGUGAACACACGCGCACCAUUGCAGUUGCAGCUCCGACAAUGGGAGGUCUUAUGAAGUUUACCAAGAAGACUGAAACAUGUCUGGGUUGCAAAAAACCACUGACUGGGAAAGAUGUCAGCGCGGGAGCAGUGUGUGAGCAUUGCCGCCCUCGCCUAGGUGAGCUCUAUACAAAGAGCCUGAACAAAGUAUCAGACCUGGAAGUGAGAUUUGGUCGACUAUGGACUCAGUGCCAGCGGUGUCAGGGCAGUCUUCACUGUGAAGUCAUUUGCUCAUCCCGAGACUGUCCCAUUUUCUAUAUGCGAAUGAAGGCCAAGAAGGAUGCGGAAGAUGCCCAGAAGGAACUGUCUCGAUUUGACUUUGAUGCUGGCGCAUGGUGA